CCCGGUUUAACCGGUCCUACUACGAGCCGAUAAGAAAGCCGGGUUUUUAUUCUUUCAUUUUCUAUUUGCUGCGGAACGCUUUUGUCUAUUCAAUUUUCAAUCCCCUCCAUUUCUCUCAGGACCAAGAGCAGCAAUCCAGCAUCUCCAUCGGUUUUAAUCCCAACUUCUCCGGCAGCUCAGUAGCACACUGAGGAGUCGGGUUCAUUAAAUUACACAGUGAAGAAGGGUUAUAUGGUGGAGUGAAGUUGUGGAGUAUUCCCUGUGCACAGAUUAGCCCUGAAGGGGCCAGAUUCAGACUUUCGGCUAGUCCAUAGGUAGUAUUAUUUGCUCCUUGAAUCUGUGUUUUCUUAAUUUCAAUCAGUCAAUGAAUAAUGAGAAACGUUUUAUUCAGAAUUCUGGUGUUUGUGUCAAUCUUUCUUUUCCUGGAAAUUUUAUAUCAACAGGCAUUUCUUUCUCUUCGGAAUGCUGUGUUUGAGGUUUUCUCCAGCUGUAUUUACUAAAUGGUCGGAAGGGGUUCAACUUAAUCUCAGCAAAAAGAACAUUGUGGUGAGCUUUGUGUUCUCCCCAGACUAUUUUGUCUACCAAUUUAUUGAUAAACAUCCAGUCACGUUGCUUUCCGCAUAAGUUUUUUGGCAUUUUAUUGAUUUCUUCUUCUUAGUCAUGCUGGUAUGUAUCUUGGAGAAAAUUCGGGCUUUGUUAGAUCUGACUGUCUUUCUAAAUCUCAUCGCAAGUAAUUGUUUGUUUACACGCACAAGUAAUCAAAGUACAAACAUUUGAUCUCUGGCUGACAACUUUUCCAGUUAAUCCAUGGCCAAUGCCUGAAAAAUUCUCUUGCUGUCAGAACUUCCACGAUUCUUUGAAGUUGCAAAUUCUUUCGUUUCUUCUUUUAUUAGAUCACAUUGUUACUGGACUUCUUCCCCUUAGUUUGUUAACAUAAUCAUUUCAAAAAAAUUUCUAAAAAGAAUAAAAGAUUCACCCCCUGCUCCCAGAUACUUACUCAACUUUGAAUUAUGAAUGAGAAAACUCUUGUUGAUUGUGGCCUUAAGCUUUUUUAACAGUUGAUAUCCUGGAGUAUAUAUUGUACCUCGCCUGGGAGCAUGCAAAACUUAGUAUUCCCUGUUUGAUUGUUAUUGAGUGCCUUUUGACUACAAGGAAACCACAUACAUAAAGUGCUGAGAAAGACUAAUCAACCAGAUCAUGUCUGGUUUCUAAAUUGAUGUGAAUUGGGUUUUUUAAUAUCAGACACCAAAUUUGUUCUUAAUGGUCGAAUGUAGAUGUAUCUGUUUAUUAUCGAAACUUACGGGGCUAUGUAGAAUGUGCAUAUAUUAAUACACAUCUUGGCAAAUGUUGCAAACCUUUUUAAAGUACUCUGAUGGAUAUUGAAUUUUUUUUUUUUUUUUGGUGGUACAUAGUAAGGAGGCCUACGCCUAACUUAAACUAUUACAUUCCGGGGAUAAGCCACCCCCAUAGCAUUGCGGCGUAGCCAUUGAUUGACUAACACGGGAGGGUUGGCUAGUUUCCUAACACCCCAUUCUUCUUGAUCUCUCAUUCCGGCAAGAGAAUUAGCCGCAAAAUUGGCUUCUCUGUGAACACACCUUAGUAAUACCGUCCAACUUCUCUCCAUCAGUUCCCUGAUCCCCUUUAUAAUUCCUCCAUGGACUCCGGUUUGGCUUUCUGGUCUGUUAUCAGCUGGAAUUCCUCCAUUGAAGUAUUUCUUUCAUCUGAACUCAUGUGAUAAAAUUGUCAAAUGGAGAAUGAAAACAAAUGGGACCCUUCUUUUCUUUAGUUUAUAUGUUUCAGCUGCAAUUUGUCUCAGGUAUGUGCUGCUAAAGGUCCCCGACCACGGUAUCCAAGGGUAUGGAAAACAAAAAGAAGAGUAGGAACAAUUUCCAAGUCUGUGAAACUUGUUCAGUGUGUAAGUAAUUCUUUGUAUUGACAUUUUUUAGCUUUUUCCGUUUCAUAGUUCCACAUUACCAAUCAAUUAUACUUCCUUAUCUUUUCCUUGUUUCUCUAUAUCUGCAACACUACAUUCUGGAAUAAAAUUUCUUUGAAUAUAUAUAUUUUUUAAUGUUAAGAUAUUUUAGAGCACCAUGUUAUCCAUGAAAUAGCAUUAGGCACUUUUGUGAAAGGAUGACUUCUGUGGUUAAAGUUCUUUACGACAGGAAGACCUGGUACUCCUUCAUUUGGAAGUCAAUGCUUAGGCUAUUUCUUCCGAGGCUUUUGUGUGUGUGUGUGUGCGCGCGCGCGGGCGUGUGUGUUUCCCACGAAAAGGAACUGAAGGGUCUUUUUCCUUGAGCACUAAGGCAAUAAUUUGUUUAUCCAGUAGCAGAUAAAGCAGGCUUAGAGAAACUUUUAUCAUUCCUGUUCCCAUUCUCAAGUCCUCAAACCCAACAUCCGUAAUAUUUUCAGUUUAAGAUUAUGAUAAACAUAGUAACUUUGAUCUCAAAUUACUUUUUCACCCCUUUUUAUUUUUACAGUACUAACUUUUCCCCAACUUGUACCAAGUUUUCCGUGGCUUCCACCAAGUUGCUAUCAUGUUUCUUAUGGCUUGAGCUAUCUUUUUAAAACUAUUGUUCUUGAAAAGCGAAACAUUUAAAUAUCAUUCUCGUUUAUUCUUGUAGAUUAAGGAAUUAUCAAAUGUCAAGGAAGAAGUUUAUGGUGCUCUUGAUUCAUUCAUUGCAUGGGAAUUGGAGUUCCCAUUGAUUAUGGUUAAGAAAGCUUUAAAGACCCUUGAAAAAGAGAAAGAAUGGAAGAGAAUAAUUCAGGUCACUAAAUGGAUGCUAAGCAAAGGUCAGGGAAGAACCAUGGGCAGCUAUUACAUGCUGCUUAACGCUUUGGCUGAGGACGAGAGGCUUGAUGAAGCUGAAGAGCUCUGGACCAAAUUAUUCUCUGAGAAUUUGGCAAGCACGCCACGUCUUUUCUUUGAGAAGAUUAUAUCGAUAUACUAUCGCAGGGAAAUGCAUGAGAAAAUGUUUGAGAUAUUUGCAGACAUGGAAGAGCUCGGUGUAAAGCCUACUGUGUCAAUUGUCAAAAUGAUGGGAGCAGUGUUCCAGAAGCUUGGUAUGUCAGACAAGUACCAGAAGUUGAACAAGAAAUAUCCUCCCCCCAAGUGGGUAUACCAAUACGUCAAAGGAGAGCGUGUCAAAGUUAGAGCGUCAGAUCUGUAUGAUUCUGAUGAUAGAAAACUUCCAAAGGAAUCUAAUGAGAAUUUAAGAGAUAGUUCCUUUGUAGCGACUGAGUCACCCAAGAUUGAACAGGAAAAUAAAGUUGAUUGCUGUCAGAAUCAAGUCACUGAUUCUGCUGAAUAUGUUGAAACUACUGACACUUGAGUUUGCUGAGACUGUUUCGACAUUAUAUGAAGCUUAGUUCUUUUAAUCGUCCAAAAUAUCAUGUUAUCCACAAGCUUAGUUCUUCCCCGUUCCUCUGGUGCAGGCCGGAGGAAUAAAUUGAGGAAGCAAUUUUUUUUUUUUUUUUUUGGAGGGGGGGUGUAGUUAAUAAUUUGUGCGUUUUGUCCGUCUUUUUAGCUUGUAAAGCAUUACAGAAUCAAGCAGAACAUCCUUUAAUCCUAAAUCCAUUAGUUACACAAAUUCCAUUUACUUUACUGGUAAGGAACCUGAAAUUGUCCAGUUUAAAAACAUGAAAUGAAUUACAAACCAUUACCGGAAACUUAUGCUACUGAAGGAUCAGAACUAGUGGAAAUUACGCUGUAAACAACCAAGUCCUUCAGAUUUCCUUUCAGGUAAGAAUAUUUUCUGAGGACACCCUCCUUGAAGAACCCUGCUUUCUCCAGCGCCCUUUGUGAGCCUAUAUUUUUUACAUCAGCAAAAGCCUGGAGCCUUGCCACUUCAGGAAGGUCUUUGAAAACUUGGGGUACAGCCAUUUUUACUGCUGCAGUGGUGAUUCCUCGACCCCAAUACUCCACCGAUAAAGCGAACCCAAUAUCUGCUCUGCAUCUAUCAUCACCCGAUCCUGGGAAAACUGAUAUAAAUCCAAUCGACCGGUCAGCGACGCAUAUUGAACGUCGCCAUGGAUGGGGUAUGCAGACAUCCUUGAUGAAGGUCAAAGCUUCAUCUUUUGAUGUCAGCGUCUUCCAACGGAUGAACUGAGUAACGCGAUCAUCACCGGCCCACGACAUUAGAUCAUCAGCGUCUGUAAGUUUGAACGGACGGAGAGUGAUGCUUGAAGCCUCCAUUAUAUAAUGUCAAUGGGAGGAAAUGAUGAUAUUGUGGACUGUUGUUGCAAGUGAAAUGGACUCAUAACACUAUAAUGCUCAGGUCAUUAUUUAUUUUAGUUGUGCCAAGAUGACUAGUAUGAAAGUCAAGUGAUCAUCCACUUUUCCUAAUGUUGUUAAACUCGGAUCGGACCUGCCGGUUCAAUCGGUUAACUCAAGAACCGAAUCAUAUACCGAGCAGAAUUGCUCAAAAACUCGCUGUUUGAGGACUCGGUUAAAACCGAUCAAAACUUCAGG